GCACAUUCUCUGUUUUUUCAAUACAAACAUAAGCAUCUAGAUAUGUUUAUCUUGCCUCAAUUAAACUUUAAUCCUUUGUGGGUUUCGUCUUUCCUUCAACUUCUUUACCUCUAUAGUUGGCUUCUCUUUGACCUCCACCUCCUACAAUUACCUCAACUCAUCCUUGGCAAAAUGAAGAUCACUACUCUUCUGGUUGCUGCCGUUUUUGCGGUUGAGUACGCUCUGGCGAGUCCGGCGGGAACAUCGGGAGUUAAAACAAGGCCCGCGAAAUUCCAAUGCGUUUGCGAAGCACAGUUUAAGACGAACGCAGCAAAGACCAUAAACACUUGUAAGGCGCUGGGUAACGAGGGGACAUAUAUAAAACCUUGGUGCUUUAUUUUUUCGCGCCAGGGAUAUAUCGACUUUGUACGGCAAUGUGGUGGCUUCAACUAUUCCAACUGCGAGUCUACAAAUUCGCACGAAUGGUUUAAGGAGGGAAACUGACGGUCCACUUCUGGUAUGGCCUCUAGCUAAAUUCAGUAAGAGUCUAGCCAAGUCUAGUAGGGCGUACGCGCAGCAAUCAAGAGUUAUACACUAGCAUUUCCCACACUCAGUGAGUGCAU